AUGGAAAUCUCACUUUGGAAGAUCUACACCGCUCUAAACGGUCUUAUGACAUCGAUAACGAUAUUCUAUCACGUGUUCAUACUUUCCGAUCGACUGACAUCAGCUUGUGUUAUCAGCCGAUGUAAGGAGACAAAGUGCAUGGAAAAUGUGACAGCCAGCGCACCUUCGCAAAUCAAAGGUCAACUUACUGGUGGACUCGCAUUCCUUGCUGUGUCCAGAAUUAGGGCUCUAACCGAGACCGCAUAA